AUGGCGGCGCUGCCGCGGUCUUCGGGCGCGGCCGGGCGCAGCCCCGCGGUAUCCCCCGACGGUGGCCCUGGCUUGAUAUGGCGAAAUAAAUGUAUAUCUCAAAAUCGUGUCUGCCAGCAGCCGGGCCUCUCCCUCUGGGUCCCCUUCCAGAACGCAGCCACCGCCGUCACCAACCUCUACAAAGAGAGCGUGGAUGCCCACCAGCGGAGCUUUGAUGUCGGGAUCCACAUCGGCUACCAGCGCCGCAAUAAGGACGUGUUGGCUUGGGUUAAAAAGCGCAGAAGAACUAUUCGCCGAGAAGACUUAAUCAGCUUCCUGUGCGGGAAGGCGCCGCCGCCCCGGAACUCUAGAGCUCCCCCCAGACUGACUGUAGUAUCCCCUAACCGAGCGGCUUCGGCAGAGACGAGCUCGUCCGUCGAGGCGGACUUGCAGCCCUUCCGGGAAGCCAUCGCUCUCCACGGUCUGAGCGGGGCGAUGGCCAGCAUCAGCGUCCGCUCGAGCACCCCGGGCUCGCCCACCCACGUGAGCAGCGGCUCCAACAGCAGCCGGCGGAGAAACGGACUCCAUGACGUUGACUUGAACACUUUCAUAUCCGAAGAAAUGGCCCUCCACUUGGACAAUGGCGGCACUCGGAAGCGUACCUCAGCCCAGUGCGGAGACGGCAUUACGGACUCUCCGACUCAUAAACGCAACCGUAUGAUCUAAGUGGCAGAGCCUCCCCCCCCCAGCCCCCUCCUCCCCCUCCCGUGCCCGCACCCUCGCCGUGCUGCUUUGGAAGCCACUCUUAUGCUCGGCCUCGCGCUGGGACAGAGAAACGGGCUCCCUCCUCCGGAGCCGCGCAGAUGUUCAAUAAUUGCCAUAAAAAAGGGAAAGCUGGCGUGCUGACAGUAGAUCUCUGUCACCCCAGCUUUCCUCAGAUUUAGAUUUCUGUAGCAGAGGACUUCCGGUGUCGCGCAGCGGCUCGCGAGCUCGUCACAGAGGCAGAACAUUGCAUCCGUUCCAAGGCGAAAAGUGACCUUACUUGUACUCGUAAAGGGGGGAAAAAAGGAAAUAUCAGACUCUUAUUUGGUUAUAGAAAUGCUUUUUUUUUUUUUGUCCUUUAUUUCUUGCCGUGUUUAAAUAUUUGCUUCGACAGUAUUGCCAUCUUGACGACAAGUGUCAAAACAAGAAAAUAACAUGACGUGGCGUAUAAGACCUGCGGGCUUCCUUUUUUUUUUUUUUUUGGAGUAUAUAUAUAUUUUUUUUCCUUUUAAGGCUCUACCAGGCACAGAAUUUCUAUAUAGUAAGUGUGCAAGUUUAUGACAAGCAUCGGCCUGUGCAGUUAAUUUUUUAAGCGUCCAAAGCGGUCUUGGUGGCGCUGUGGUCAAAUAGAGAGGCGGGACGGGGGGGGGAAUCAGGGCGCCCCCCCCCCCAAAUCGGAACGGAAAGGAACGUUGUUGGGUUUGCUUGGGCCGUGGGAGAGCUCGGAGACCACCUUAAAUUGGGUUUUACCCGCCAAUUUGCCUGUCUGUCCGGAGCGUUCCCUUUGUAAAACAAGCCGCGGGCCCAGUGUUCAUUGGCUGCGAGCGAGCUGCGUCCUGUAGAGGACAGGUGGUUUUUUUGGUCUGCAGGUAUGUAUAUUGUUUGGAGGAGUCUCUCAUUGUACACUUCCCGUGAAGAAAUUAUCUGUGUGGAAAGAGGGGAGGGAAAUCGGUGGGGUGGGAGGAGGCUGGUUUUUUAAAAAUGAAAAGGAUAUUGGAUGUGUUUGUCCACUAUGACGGAUGUGAUUUUUGGGGCUGCUCAAGGAAACUUUGCCUGAACCGCUAAACCCC